GUGGGAGGGGCUGAUGUGUAAGGUUCAGUAUCAGCUCUGUACAUGCUGCGCUAGACUCUACCUACGUAUCAUAUAGAUCGGCAUAGCACAUGGAGUUGUAGAUGUAUAGUCUAGCUAGAUCUAUACGGUAUAGAGAAAAGACAACAUGUCAGAGAAGAGAAAGCCUGUCAAGGAAAGUACGAUGUCACGGUUUGAGCCAGCGAUUGAAGCAACAGCGUCCUUGACCUCGCCCCCUUCACAGGGGACUUUUGGCCAAUCUGAUGCUAAAAGUAAGGAACAAAGCAUACCUAGACAACGAAAAAAGAAUGAGAAGAACAAGUCCAGCCCUACUACUAACACUAGGGACAAGUCAGCAGCACACACUGGGCCACAGUACUUGAAUACAAGCAAUCAAGGUUUGAGUAAUACCUCUGCGAUAUCGGAUCUCCCAACCAGUCCAGCGAGCCUAACAAAUCCCAUCACUUCACAAGAUGUAUACUCCUCACUCAGUACAGUACCUGCCAAUCAUACGUCCAAUAGCAGUCACAAAUCCUGUACAUCACCACAACCAUCUCUGCAAUGUGAUACACAACCUCCCAAAACCCAACGACCGAAUGAAGUGCAUGUCCCUUCCAACUGGAAUUCUAAAAGACCUGAGCUUGACUCGUGUGUGCCACUCUAUCAUGACACGUUCUUUCACAGCCCUCAGCGUAGUGGUGACUUCCACCAUUCAGGGAUUUUUCAGUAUGGAGAAGAUGAAAUGAAGAAACCCUUACAGUGUGCUUCCAUGCGUGGAGAAGAUGAAACAACGAAACCUCAACAGUGUGCUUCCAUGGAAGUGGCAACUAAAUUGCUUCCAUCAGAUUAUACCUCAAUGCAAAUUGAUGGGAGAGGUUUUUCAAAGACUUCUGAAGCCUCUACGGAUGUCUUAAGACAGUACUCGAAAGUUUCAAGCUCCGAUUCAGAUUGUACUGACAAAAUGAUUGGCCUCGAAAGCUCUAUCCCUAUUGGCCUUAUUAUGGGACAAAGCACACCCACUGAUUCUCUAGUAUACAACCUUAGAGAAGAAAUUGAUCGCUUGAGAAAACAACUUGAAGAACGAGAAAAUAAAAUCAAAAUUUUAACUGAAACCAGUGUGGAUAUGUAUAAACUGACGACGAACAACGUGGAUCCUCUAGACGAGCCGAGAGACGAUAGUAUGCCGUCUUUUGGGGGCCUAUCUAGUGGUGAGGAUUUGCAGGCAGGAGGCGGAGAUACAUGUAAGAUGGUUGGCCUAAUGAUAUCAAUGAAAACUGACGACAAAGGAGUUCCACUGAUCAAAGGUCAACGUCAGUCUCGGCAAGAGCAAGACCUCAACAAGAAGUUGGUGUCACUUGAAGCACAACUAGCUUUAAUGCAGAGUGAAGUCGAUAGUCUCAAUGAUCAGAACAUUCGCAAGCAAGAAACCAUCAAUAGCUUGCAAGCAAAUGUUCAAACGAACGAAGGCAAUACUGAUAUCAAUGGCUAUUUGGAUAAGAUAGUCGAGUUGACCACUCGGCUUACCGACAUUGAAGAAGAAGAGAAAAAACAACGUUUGAAAAAUGCCGAGCUUGAGUUGCAACUUUCUAAGAGUAAAACACUUGCUCAAUUCGUAAAACAACUUUCAACCCAGAGGGAUCAACUCACGUCUGAAGUUAAAAAACUUACGGCUGCUCUUGAGGAAGAAAAAACUCGCCAGCCACCUCCGGUUGAUUCUAUCCCGGCGGCUUCAUUGACUGACGACAAACUACACCUGAGAGUACUCACCGAAGAAGCUGUCAAAGUACCUGAACUUCAAAGAGAAAUUAUUGAUCUAAAAAAGAAGGCUGAAAGUUUUGAGGAAGUAGCAAAGCAAUGUUCUGAUCAGCUUCUGGAUAAAGUCACUGAGCUACGCAACAGUGAGGAGGAAAUCAAAAAGCUAACUGAUGAGCUUCAGCACCAUCAAGAAAAUCAAGCAGCCGACAUAUCUGACCAUACUGCCAUCACAGAAUCUGAAGAAUACCAAAUCCUGCUGCAGGAUGUGAUGGCUAAAGACGAACAGUUGCAGCAGUUGAAAGAUGUCACAGCUCAUAGGCAAAAGUUACAGAUGGACCUGGAAUUGCAAGCAACUGAGCUGAAAAUGAAAACUGAACAAGCUGAUGAAAAGACAGCUGAACUUGAAGCUAAAAAAACAGAACUAGCCAAAACAGUUGAGGAACUAAGAAGAAUUCAAGCACAAUUUGAACUCAGUGAGAAAUUGAAUAAAAAGUUGCGAGAACGUGUUGUAGCCACAACCUCUCCGGUUCCUGUUCCUCGUACGAAAUUGAAAACUGAGCAUCCUCAACAAAGCGGAGAUACAGAGCGAAGAUUUUCCAAAGCUUGCAAGACAAUCUAUGAACUCAAUGGAAAAAUUGCAGAAAUGGAGUCUACUAUUCAAAAGCUCAAUCUUGACAAUGGGAAUAUGGCUGCUGAUAUACAGAAGCGUCAGUCGCAAAUAGAUAAGCUGGUGACUGAUCAUCAAGGUGUGUUAGACUACUCCAAGAAACAGAGCCAAACAAUUGCUGAUCUAAACAGCCAGUUGGAAGCCUUGCAGGAAUCCCAUCAAAAUAGUGAGCAGAUAGAAGCCAACAGAAAGGAGAAGUCUGCUGAGCUAGAGUCUCGACUAAAUUGGCUGGAAUCACAGAAUGCUCAACUUAAUCAAGAAUUGAAUGGCUUGAAACGCCUCGGAGGCGAUACUUCCGCAGUAGUUCAAGCACUUCAGGAAGAAUCCCAAGCAAUGCACGCUGAUCUGGACAGGAUCCGGACUGAGAGAAAUGAGUUGAGGCAAAGAGCUGGUCAACUGGAGGAGCUCGAUAAAAAAUACAACCACUCUCAGCAGAAAAUUAUAUCUCAACAAGCUCUCCUGGAGAACAAACAGAAGGAGUUGGAUGAUUUACGAAGAGAUAUGCCUCCUUUAAAGGUAGCCAUCCAAAAGCACAGAACAGAACUGAUUCACAUUAGCAAGCAAAGAGACGAAGCUAAAAGUGAACUGAAUUUGUCAAAGCAAACGAUGCAAAUCUACGAAGACGACUUUAGAUCUGAGAGGGAAGACAGAGAAAAGGCUCACUCUAAAAUAGCUGAGAUGGAAACACGGUAUGUUAAGAAAGUCGAGUCAAUGACUAAUGAGCUCCAAACCAAAGCAAGGGAACUUCAAGUGGCUGUGACAACUCACUCUGAACUGAAGGCUCGAUAUAACGCUGAGGUUACUCAACUAAAGUUUGACUUGAGGGAGAAGAAUAAUCAGAUCCAUCACUACGGCCAGAAGGCGCAGGUGGAAUCUACUGUCCCACAAACUGAUCGUUUUGAGAGAGAGAACAAGAAACUGACCUACGAUAACCAACAGCUGAUUGGACGUUUACGUCAAUUGGAGGCUACCCAGAGUCAAUUUCGCCGGUUACAGGAAGAGCGUCUGCAAAGUAUCGAUGACCUCACUAUAAAGAAUACGAUGCUAUUGUCUGAGCUAGAGGCGCUCAAGAAAAAGGGUGUGGUCUCAUUGUAGGAGAACAUUAAUUGAAAUUUAUAUCUGUACUUGUGGUAUACUGAACUAUUAUUUUGCCUUAGAAUCAAUGUAGCUAUAAUAAUAAUUAUAGAACACCUCUAUAGCUGCAUGUGAAGACUCUUGGGGAACUAGAACGCUCUAUAGUGUGUUGUAUUAUAGAAGGUUCUAGACUGACGCUAUUUUCAGUGCAUGUGUGUUGCUGUUAUUGUAUUCAUGAGUGUACGUGUUCAUGCACUUCUAUAUGUGUUGUAAUCGAGAGUUGAUAAUUAUACGUG